GUCACCCAACUGGUCACACCACCGUCGACAUACUGCCUGCUGGGAUGAGGCUCGCCACCGGAGAACUACAGAGAUUGUUACAAAUCUGAGAUCGCUCAUAAUCUCGUCUAAACGACCAGUUACCAAUAAAUAGUUUCCAGGAGAAGGAGGAAAGAGGCGCUCUGCCAAAAUGAUGGAAGAAAUAGAUAGAUUUCAAGUGCCGAGUGCCGUGCAGGAGGCGGAGAUGCAGGCUGAGAUGCAACCGCUGGAUCCGGCCUCGUCCACAGCCUCAGAGGCGGACUCCGACACCAGAGAGGGGGAACCUGUCACUAUCAACUACAAGCCCUCACCCCUGCAGAUGAAAAUAGAGAAACAGAGAGAGAUGGCUCGGAAGGGCUCAUUGAAGAACGGCAACGCUGUAGGUAGUCCAGUCAACCAGCAGCCCAAGAAGAACAACGUCAUGGCCAGAACACGGUUGGUAGUGCCCAAUAAAGGCUACUCCUCUUUAGACCAGAGCCCAGAUGAGAAGCCCUUGGUGGCCCUAGACACAGACAGUGAUGAUGAUUUUGACAUGUCUAGAUACUCAUCGUCGGGCUACUCCUCUGCUGAGCAAAUCAAUCAGGAUCUGAACAUCCAGCUGCUGAAAGAUGGUUACCGCCUAGACGAGAUCCCGGACGACGAGGACCUGGAUCUGAUCCCGCCCAAAUCAGUCAACCCCACCUGCAUGUGCUGCCAGGCAACCUCCUCCACCACCUGUCAAAUACAGUAACCCCACCCCUCUGACCUUCUGCCCCUUCCCCUUCCCACACAAUAUAACCCCCCAAUCUUCAUCUGCUGUGAGUUUACUUGGUCGCCACAGUGGUGAUAGUGAAGCAUUGGUAGAGUAUUGUAAUGAUAGUUAAGUGCUAUGAUGAUAAUGACAAUGGAGAAUAAUCAAGUUAACAUAUAAAGUAUUUGUCUUCUAGGAGAAGGAACACAUUUGAAAGUAUUCAAUAUGUAUUUAAAAUGUGAGUCAAAGUUUUGGUUUCCUCCUAUGGUAGGACGUGCACUUGUUUGAGAGCCCUUCUCCUAGUGAACAUGAUGUAACACACUAAUAUUAGUGGACAGAAAACAGAAGGUCAAUUGAUGCUAUUAAGUGAUAUCCAUUUCCCUGAAGAAUAAGAAACAUCAUAACUGAU